AAAGUCUCUGACCAUGUCGCGAUUGGCUACUUAGUGCACUUUCACCGUGUGCGUCAUUUACGUAAGAGAGGCAUAUAGCGCAGCAACUCUACCCUUGGUGGAGUGACGAUCUAAAAUCCGUGUAGACUCUGCCGUGAGGUGUCUGUUAGAAAAUGUAAUUACAUCCCAGAGGAGCAGAGAGAUGAGUGUUUUUGCUGAUGUCAGCCUUGGUAGGUCAACGAGCUCAAUGGCCGUGUGUCCCGUCCUGUCGCUGCAACCUACCCGGGCACUAGUGGAUGAAAAGUUUCAGAUAGUUGUGAGAAAUUUACACCCAAAACAAGAGGUAACGCUUCACUCCUUACAUCACUCCGAGGAUAACGACUACUGGGAGGCGUUUGGUCAUUAUAUCAGCGACGCAGAUGGAACAGUUACAGUUAUGGAAGAUGCCAGUAGAGGUGGGACCUAUGUUGGAGUUGAACCCAUGGGUCUCCUUUGGAGCUUGCAACCCGUUCCUGGUAGCAGACACGGACUCAGGUUGCGAAAGAAAGACGUUCUGUCCCCUAUGGUGCUGAUAGUAUCAGUGUUCAAAGGUCACAUGACCCAGGGGUUCUCUGAAAAGGACUCCUUGGCCACGGUUGUCACGGAGAGAUGGUACCUGGCGCCAGGUGUGCAGUGUGUGGACAUCAGGGAACAAGGGGUCAAAGGCACACUUUUCAUACCACCAGGCCCAGGGCCCUUCCCUGCAGUGCUGGACAUGUGGGGAGGGGGAGGGGGUCUGGUGGAGUACCGGGCGGCCCUCCUGGCCUCACAUGGCUUUGUUGCCAUGGCGCUGGAAUACCUCAGUGCGGUCGAGCAGCAGCCAUCUGAAGUUCAGACUGGAUACUUUGAGAUGGCGUAUAAGGUCCUGCAGACCCAUCCUCAGGUGUGUGCAGACAGAGUGGCUGUGCUCGGUCUGUCCUUUGGGACUGCUGUUACCCUCACACUAGCAGCGUACUCUAAAACCGCACAGCCCCGGUGUUGUGUGUGCAUAAGUGGUACGCAUCUUUACCCACUCAACAAGUCUCAUACCGAGAUACUGCAGCAGAUGAGCCGGAACAUUGCAAAGGCACGCGUUGAUGAGAAUAAUCAUGUCAUCGGGAAAGAUACCAUUAUGCCCAUUCCAACUGAGCCAGACCGCAAAGUGGAUGUGGGCCGGAUAAAGUGUCCUCUGCUGAUUGUGAUUGGUCAGGAUGAUCAGAACUGGGCUGUAGUGGAGUCCACUGAAGACAUAGAGCAGAUGAUGGAGCGGGCAGGGAAUCGCCACCUCCUGACGGUGUUGUCGUAUCCAGACGCAGGUCACCUGAUCGAGCCGCCUUACACACCUCACGUCCGCUUCAGCAAUUUUAUCACACAACACAGCAGGGAAAAGGUGUUGAUGCUGUGGGGGGGUCAGAUGAAGCCUCAUGCACACGCCCAGGAGGACUCAUGGGAGAAGAUCCUCCUCUUCCUCCAGAAACACCUUUACCAAGACUUACCACCAGCAGCCAAACUCUGAACACACACACACACACACACACACACACACACACACUCUACCAGGACUUACCACCAGCAACCAAACUCUGAUAACACACACACACACACACACACACACUCUACCAGGACUUACCACCAGCAACCAAACUCUGAUAACACACACACACACACACACUAGGUCAUUAGGACAAAGAUCUAUGAGGACCAGUUAUUAAAAUCUAUAACAAAUGUAUAGAACUUAACUGGCAGCAGCCAGUCUACUCAGAAAUGCACUGCACUGGUGUUUACACAGAUUUGUAUUUUCCCAGAUUCAAAGAGCUGUAAUCACAGCACAUUCUGACCUCACUGCGUGCCACAAUAACAUGUUAUCUUAUUAAUUUAUUAUAAGAUACUGUGAAUGCAUGAUAAAGCCUUUGUGUCUGUAAUGACUAUGGAAGAUCAAGGCUCCUAAUUAAAAUAGUGUGCAAAGUGCAAAGCCAGUCAACAAGCAAAGCUUUGUGCAUGAAAGACAGCUAUUGUGUGGCAUGUGGGCAAAGAGUAUAGGUACUUCUACUCUCUUUGAUAUGGGAGCAUUGAGCUGACUUAUCAAUGUUUGCGCAUCAUUGACUUGCCUUUGGUAUUAAAUGAGCAAAUUGAUUUGCGUGGUUAUUAAAUUAGCUUUAGUGAGACUUAAGACUUUGCACUUUGCACAUCAUUCAAUUGAGGGCCCCAUGUGUGUUUAUAUACAAUAGGAUAUGUCUGGUUAUCAGAGGAAUGGGCAUUGCUGCAUACAUUUUACUUGACUUAAGACUUUGCUCAUCACUCAGAUCAGUGUCCUAAGUGUCUCUAUCCUAGUCGAGGAGUGGGCAUUGCUGCUAGCCUGGGUGAACCCAGAGGAACCUGUAGAGGAACAAAUUCAUAUUUACAAUCAGGUUUGCCUGGGUUCACCCAGGUGGCAUUGCUGCAUAACAGUUCUGUGAUAGUCCGGAAGAUUCACACUGCUUUUUUGUAAGUUGCUUUGGAUAAAAGCGUCUGCUUAAUGAAUAUAAACAUAAAUGAUGUACAUCUGUGCCAUAGCUGUUUAUCCUUGCAUUCAUUUCUUAAAUCCUGGCCCUAUC